GUGAUUGUCCCUCGGCGGUCCCCGUACAGACGCAUGGCAGGCGCAGAUCACGUUGAAGGUGACUACAAACUAAAAUAAAACUACACCGGAGCGAAAAUGCCUCGUGUUUUCAGUCUGUUUGCGCUCCCGGUGCUGUCUGCCGCCGAUACCGAGGAGAAGGAGCCGGUGUCUUCGUUAAACCGGGACGAACUCUCCCUUUACACCGCUCCGGAGCAAAACUCUAACUUUAUCCAGCCGCAGCCGGGUCAGCUCGAGGAGACUGUGGCGUCUGUGCGGAGAUCAGUGGAGCCUUGCAUCUCUUGGUGUCAGGGCACGUACAGCAAAAUCAAACCAAAGAUCCAGCAUGGCGUCCAGGUGGGAAAAGACGUCUACACCUACCUGAGCAACCCCCCGAAUGAUUUCUACCCUAAAGCUGGAGUCAUCUGGUUUACCGGAAUCCUGGGUCUGUUUUUGGCUCGACGGUCCCGGAUUAAAAGGUUUGUGUAUCCAGCCGGGCUCAUGACGCUCAGCGCGUCCAUGUACUAUCCAGAGAAAGCAGCUAAUAUCGCCAAGAUGACCGGGGACAAAGUGUAUGCAGGAGCAGUGCAGAGCUACGCAGCUGUUGAGAAGAUGUUCAAAACUGAAGAGAAGCCGAAGAAAGAGACUGAGAAGGAAAACAAGCCAUGAUUUUAUCUUAUUUAAAUGCAUUAGUUAGUAUUUCAGGAAUUUGGUAUUGAAAGAAUGUUUGGGGAGCAGACUGUGGUGAAACAAUAGUGGACAAAAAUGACUAAACUCUUUAAAGAUCCUGUACCUGAUUUUUUUUUUCCCCCAUGCAUUUGAGCAAAAUGUGUCUUACCCCAGUACAGAUGCACUGUCUGGCCAAAAAAAAAAGUCGCCACCUGGAUUUAACUAAGCAAAUAGGUAACGAGGCUCCUACAGUUGGUCAGGUCUAGGUUCAGUCUGUGCUUAAAGAAUGAGGUCAGCUGACAUCUGAAUAUACUGAAUGACCAGAUGGAUUUUUUCUUCCCUGAUGACACGGGCAUAUUCUAAGAUGACAAUGCCAGGAUUCAGCGGGCUCAAAAUGUGAAAAAGUGGUUCAGGAGCAUGAGACAUCAUUUUCACACAUGGAUUGUCCACCACAGAGUCCAGACCUUAACCCCAUUGAGAAUCUUUGGGAUGUGCUGGAGAGUUGUGCAGCAGUCAGACUAACAUCAUCAAUGCAACAUCUUGGUGAAAAGUGAAUGCAACACGGGAUACAAAUAAAUCUUGUGACUUUGCAGAAGCUUAUCAAAACAAUGCCACAGCGAAUAUGUGACAUAAUCAAAGCUAAAGGCGGAACAACCAAAUAUUAGAGUGUGGGACCUUUUUUUUUUUUUGGUGAUGACUUUUUUGUUGGCCAGGCAGUGUAUAUUGUAUAAGCAGCUUUUGAGGUCAAAAUAAGUAGACUGUUUACUGUCCACAUCUAAUUAGUGUGUUUUAUUGCCAAAAGAGAAGGAAGUUAAUUGCUAGCUGUAGCUAGUUGUUAGUUACCGUGACAGCAAAAUUCCACUUUGUUCUCAGAGUUGUGAGAAGUGUGUAUAAACUCAUCGCUGUGAAUAAUUAGUGUGCUCAGAAGAAUUCAUAAAGUAAGUGAGAAAUAACUUUGUAACACUGCAAACAGUUUAAAAUGAACUAGUUUUGUUUAAUGUUAAAAACACUGAAAAUCAGGUACAGCCCCUUUUAAAGUUUUGAUUAGAUUAAAAUUUUUGGAAGUAAGACACUGUUCACAAUGCACAUUUUAAACAGCAAUAAGGAGCAUUAACUACUGAGAGCAGAAAUGUGACGUGCUUAAAGGUGCAAUAUGUAACUUUUCUGAUCCAGGGUCUCCCACCUGCUUGUCUCAAUGGAGAUAUUAUUGUUAGUAUGACAUUAAACCCAUCUUGCUUUUAUUGAAUUAGGCUUUUUUUAUUGCCACAAAAUUGAAAAACAUGCAUUUUGUGAGUGGGUUCAGACAGGACUUUCAUUUGACCUUGUAGUAUCACCUGCUCGUCUCCAGAAAGUGACAAGUUUAAUGCUGUAUUUAUGCAACAUAACAUCUCCACGUGGACAAGCAGAGGACGGCCCCCUCGCCAUGAAAGUUACAUCGUGCAUUUAUUUUACUAUAUUUUGGUAAACAUGGAUCACACUGGGCUGUCUGUACUGUAAAUGUGAAGUUAAACUAUAUCAAAAUGCAAUACAAUACUUAGCAAUUGCACUAACAUUGUUAUAUUUAUUGUACUGUUCGUUAAAACUGUACUUUUCACUUUAAACAAAUUUAAAAAGUCAUCUCCAAGUCUGCUAUCCCAAAACUGCUUUAAUAUGCCUUGAAAUUAUACUUAAACAAAUCAGCAGUAAUCACAUGGCAAUAAGACUGAAUUUAUAUGUUUUAUGUUAAGUGUUGUGAUUUUAGCUUUUGUGACUUUGAGGCCCAUUUUUUGCACUAAGCUUUUGAACGAUCUCAGGCUGGCCACAUCCUGUCACCAAUGUUUUACUUUAAUGUGUUAUGUAAUGCUGCAAUUCUUUGAAUGUUUAUUUAAGAAGCUAAUAAAAUUAUAUUUGUUCUAUACAAGUAUUUUUAAAUGAAUUAAAGAUCUCUAUAGUACAGUGUAUUUUCAGUGUUGUCAAGUUGCCAAAUGCCUUAAAUGUUUCCCCACCAUGCCAAAAUCAAUGUGACUGGUUUCAAGUUCAUGGAACGUUUUUAGACAAAGUUUGAACUUGUGACCUUUUGGUUGGAGGGAGGGAAAUGGUUACUCAGACUAGUGUUAAGUAGUCUCAUAAGUGAAUUAAAACCAUAUAAACAGAUUUGCCCUGGUUGAACGGUUAAAGAUGCUCAAUGCAACUUUUCUGGUGGAGGGUCCACCAUUUUGCUUCCAUGGAGAUGUCAUCUUUGCAAAUAGUCUUAAAAUACUAUUACUAACAAAUGCCUUUACUGUGAACAGGCUUGCCUCUUCACAGAUCUGACCUGUAACUUGGGCUGAUGAAGUCACCACCUCAUCGCCAUGCAGAUGAAAGUAAAAUGCUACACUGAGGAAUAUUCUAGGCAAAGCAAUGACAGCUCCAUGGAGACAAGCAGGUGGCAUACCCUCCACCAGAAUGGAUAUGCAGUCCACCUUUAAAUUUCCCAUUUUUGGAUAGAGAAAAAUAUCCUCUUAGAACUGGAUUCGUGACAUCACAGUCAUCACAUU